AUGCGUUUCUUCUGGUGGGGUUCUAAUAACGAUCAGGGGCAGACCCCAAAAGCGGCACAAACAUUUGUCAUGCGCUGUCACUACGAAGUUCUUGGUGUUCCACGGGACGCCACCGCGGAGGAGAUCACGCGAGCGUUUCGCAGAGCAGCGCUUCGCCUGCACCCUGACAAGAAUCCCGACCGACCAGAAGAGGCAGCGGAGGCUUUCAAGGAGCUUCGGAGAGCCUACGAAGUGCUUUCAGACCCACAUGAACGAAAAUGGUAUGAUGACCACCGAGAGGAUAUCCUGCGCGGCCGGGAUCCGCUGGAGGCGACUCAAGCGCCUGGGACGGACACCGGUGCCGCUUCUCGUACAGAGCGUACGGUGAACCGGGCGACAGAACUCAAUAUAUAUGAAUAUUUCCGAUCUUCUGCUUAUAAUGGCUACGAAGACGGAGAACGAGGUUUCUAUCACGUAUACGGAGCAGCGUUCGAGCAGCUUGCGAGAGAAGAGGUGGCAGCCGGAGGCGCACAGCCGCCCCCGUUCGGCAGUGCCACAGCGGACUGGCCCAGUGUACGUCGCUUCUAUAACUUCUGGGAGAACUUUGUAUCAGCGAAGACGUUCGCGUUUGCGGACUCCUGGAACCCGAGCGAGGCGCCGAACCGGGAGAUUCGACGGGCCAUAGAACGCGACAACCGCCGCGAGCGGGAGCGUGCUCGCAGAGAGUUCCAAGCGCUCGUGCGAGAGCUCGUUGCCUUUGUGAAAAAGCGGGAUCGUCGAGUAUUGAAACACAAGGAAGAAGAAGCACGAAAAGAAGCUGAGAAGCUAGAACGACAAGUCCAGGAAAGAGAACAGUGGGAACGCCUUCGGUCUCUGCAUGCGGCGAGGCUUGCUGCGCAGCUUGAAGAGGAUAUACCGAAUCUUGAGGAGCUACUGGAGCAUUUGGAGUACGCUGGCAUCAGCGAGGAGGCACCUGAUGUGAACCAGCCUCACGGAGCAAGUGAUGCGGUUCAACCAACGAUCGAAGGUGUUCAAUGCCUUGCGUGUAAGAAGUAUUUCAAAACGUUUGCCCAGUGGGAAAAUCAUGAGCAUAGCAAGAAGCAUCGGGAUUGCGUACGACGCUUUCGCAAGGAUCUUUGUCUUGCCAAAGGCGAAGAAGUGCAGGUAUUCCGGAUUAUGGGUCAGGUGGAAGCAACAGGAGACGAGGAUCACGUCUACGACGUGGUGAAUGGAGACGCGCACCCCAACGAGACGAUGCGACAACGUGCAUCCAGCGAGAGACAAAAAAAGCUGCCUGACGGGGACGGCUCGCUCUGCGAGGGUCAAUGUUCAGAAGACGAACAAGCCGGUGUGCGUCCUGCAAGCUCCGUCGAGGCUUCUUCUGAAUCGGAACAGAGCGUUUCUAGGCGCCACCAUGCCGAUGAUGAUGAUGAUGAUGAGAUCGAAGACGACCUCGCCGUUCCAGUCGGCACCAGGAAUGCACAUUCUGAAAGUGAUCCCAAGAGCGCCACUAAAGAGGCUGAACGCACUCGCUCCAUGCAAGACGCCCACAUGAACGGCAAAUCAACGAACGCGGGCCGAGAUAUCGAAGCAGGCACGCACGCUGCAGCCCAUACGGACGAGCUGCGGGCCCUGGGAGAUCGCGAGCGCAGCCGACCACACCGUCGACGUGCGGAAACAGCGAAGGAUCGUCGUCGUCGUCGUCAUCUCGCAGCAGCAACGGCAGCGCAAAAUGCAGGCGCUGCUGCCGCUGGUGCUCCUGCCGCGUACAAGUGCCAGACGUGCAGCGAGUUAUUCACUUCGAGGAACGCGCUCUUCCGCCAUAUACGCGAACAGAACCAUGCCCAAUACCGAUGA